AUGCCAGAGGGAGACUGCUGCGCCGCCUGCGGUCGCUCUACAUUUGUGCCAACCGCCUCUCGACGCGCCGCUGCUGGAUUGACAAGGGGACGCUUCCUGCGCCUGGCCAACCGCCGCGGCGUCUGGAGGGCGCCGUGUGCGGCGCUGGUGCGCCUCGACUGCUCCGGAUGCGAGGCGGAACUCGCCGGGUCCGCGUGGGAGCAGCUCUGCUCGUCCGAGGCCAAGAGCUGGAAAAGGUUUAGGGUGACAUACGAUGAGGGACUUUCUCCGUUCGGCGAUGAGCAGAACUUCAUCUUUGUCGAAAUUUGGCGGGAUACGACAAGACCUCAAGUUUUCGAGGCCUUCUUCCUGGUAAUGGAUGGCUGGCUGGUCAGAUUUGGUGUUACCACCUAG